AUCUUUGGGGAAAUGGACUGAUGCACGAAUGUGAUGUAAAAUUCAUUCUUCUAAAUUUUUUCUCUCUAGACACCGUUUGUUGGAGGUGGGAGGCAAUCUCAUGUGCAUGUUAGAAUUGGUCUAUUUAACUCAUUUCAAAGAUGUGAGGUAACAACAAAUACCUUGGAGCACGCAGUUGGUAAGAUUGUGUUAAAGUGCUUACCAAGUCUUCUACUUUUUCUUGAGCCUAGAUUGAGAAAGUGCAUGGUCGAGGAGGUGGAGAAUUUGGAGAAAUGAUGGAAUCAUCUACUAACAUGACCCCGAGAGCCAGAGUUGUGUCGCUCCUCUUCUUCGUUGCUCCCACUCUGCUGGUCAGCUACAGCAGCUGCGACGAACAAUUUUACAUCUACCAUGUUUGCAAAAACACUACUCUUUUCGCGUCCAAUAGCAGCUACCAUUCCAACCUCAACAUCCUCCUCUCUACCUUUUCCUCCAACUCCAAAAACGCCUAUCGUAAGGCCAUCAUCGGCCAGAGUCCCAAUACCGUUUACGGUCAUUGGUACUGCAGAAUCGACGUCACCCAAGAUGUCUGCCAUGAUUGCCUCAGCACUGCCAUUAGUGACUUUGUCAAGCGCUGCCCCAACAAUAAAGUCGGAAUUAUUUGGUACGAAAGGUGUACGGUGCGCUACUCCAACGAGCCCUUCUUCUCCAAUGUCUCGGAUUCCCCUGCCGUAUACCUUCGGAAUACACUGAACAUCACUGACCCUAAUCGGUUUAAUCAGCUCGUGGGCUAUACCAUGAACGAGGCCGCCAUUACAGCUGCGUCCAAUACUGAGAGAUUCGGCACUCGAGAAACUAAUUUUACGAAAUUUCAGAAGAUAUAUUCUCUGGUGCAGUGCAGUCCUGAUUUAACAGGUGAUGACUGUAAGAGAUGCCUGGUGGGUUCCAUUGCUUUUCUCCCCAGUUGUUGUAGCGGCAAGCAAGGAGGUAGGGUUCUUAAUCCAAGCUGUAACGUCAGGUUUGAAGUUUACCCUUUCUAUCGAAUUACAGCUUCAGCACCGGCUCCUUCGCCGCCUCCGAAUAAACCGUCUCCUUCGCCUACUAUUGUUUCUUCAUGGCCUCUAAGAAACAGAACUACCUUUCCUGAAAAACAAGGAAGUUCGUACAGAAAAACUGUUGCCAUUAUUGUGCCGGUUGCAGUGGCAGGGGUGAUUAUUUUAUCUAUUCUCUUUUAUUAUCUGCUAAUUCGGAAGAAAAAGCAACACCCGUCAGAGGAGAAUGGUGAGAGCACAAUUAUAACUGCGGAGUCAUUGCAAUUUGAUUUCAACAUGGUCCUUGUUGCCACGGAAAACUUCGCCAACAUCAAUAAGAUCGGUGAAGGGGGAUUUGGUGGCGUUUACAAGGGUAAACUUCUUAAUGGACAUGAAAUUGCUGUCAAGAGACUCUCCAAAAGCUCAAGGCAAGGUGCUGAAGAGUUCAAGAAUGAGGUUGUUUUAGUGGCAAAGCUUCAACACUGCAAUCUGAUUAGACUAUUAGGAUUUUGUUUGGAGGGAGAAGAAAAGAUCCUGAUCUAUGAGUUUGCACACAACAAAAGCCUUGAUUACUUCUUAUUUGAUCCAGAGAAAAGCAUGCAGUUAGAUUGGCAGAGACGCUACAAGAUCAUAGAAGGGAUUGUUCGAGGGCUUCUUUAUCUUCAUGAAGAUUCCCGCCCUCGAAUUAUUCAUAGGGAUCUUAAAGCAAGUAAUAUCUUGUUAGAUAUGGAAAUGAAUCCCAAGAUAUCAGACUUUGGGAUGGCAAGAAUUUUUGGCGUGGGUCAAACUCAAGCAAAUACAAACAGAAUAGUCGGGACCUAUGGUUAUAUGUCUCCGGAGUAUGCAAUGCAUGGGCAGUUCUCUAUCAAAUCAGAUGUUUUCAGCUUUGGUGUAUUAGUUUUGGAGAUUAUAAGUGGAAAGAAGAACAACAGUUUCUAUCAAAUAGACUACGUUGAGACCCUUAUAAGCUAUGCAUGGAGACAUUGGAAUGCAGGAACAGCCUUUGAGUUGAUUGAUCCAAUCUUGAAAGGAAAUUGCUCAAGAAGUGAAGUGACGAGAUGCAUUCAUAUUGGGUUAUUGUGUGUUCAGGAAAACGUAGCUGACAGACCCACCAUGGCAAACAUAAUCCUUAUGUUGGGCAGCUAUUUAAUUACUCCACCAUCACCUUCAAAACCAGCAUUUUUUGUUGGAAACAGAAUAGAAUCAGAGUCGCAUAUAGAAGGGGGGAAAAUUCAAGAAGCCGAAUUAGAAAAACAAGGAAGCUCGUCUAGAAAAAUUGUUUCCAUUGCUAUGCUAGUUGCUGCCGCAGGAGUGAUUCUUUUCUCUAUUCUCUUGUAUUGUUUACUAAUCCGGAAGAAAAAGGAGAACCCUGGUUGCAAGUCUCCGGAGUAUGCAUUGCAUGGGCAGUUCUCAGUGAAAUCAGAUGUUUUCAGCUUUGGUGUAUCAGUUUUGGAGACGGUAUAUGGAAAGAAGAGCAGUAGUUUCUAUCAAACAGACAAUACUGAGGACCUUAUAAGCUAUGCAUGGAAACAUUGGAAUACAGGAACAACCUUUGAGUUUAUUGAUCCAAUCCUGAAUGAAAAUUGUUCAAGAAACGAAGUGAUGAGAUGCAUUCAUAUUGGGUUAUUAAUCUGUCUCCUCUCUGCCCUAUUCUUCUUCUUGAGCUCUGAGAUUGAGAGAGUGAUGGAACCAUGUACCAAUAAGACCCCAAGAGCCACAACCGUGCUGCUCUUCUUCUUCGUUGCUCUCUCCUUCCUUGUCAGCUACAGCAGCUGCGCAGACAAAUCUUACAUCUCCCAUUUUUGCGACAACACUACUCUGUUCGUAAACCACAGUAGCUACCAAUCUAACCUCAAUAUCCUCCUCUCUUCUCUUUCCUCUAAUGCCACUUCCAAUUCCAACAACGGCUAUCGUAACGCUAGCAUCGGCCAGAGUCCCAAUACCGUUUACGGCCACUACUUCUGCAGAGGCGAUGCCACCCACGACGUCUUUCGUGAUUGCGUCAAAGCCGCCGCAACUGAUAUUUUCCAGCGCUGCACCAACUGCAAAAUUGGAUACAUUUGGUACGACAUUUUUACUCUCCGCUACUCCAGCCAGAACUUCUUCUCCACUGUCAUCGAUGUCCCUGUCUUCUCCUUGUGGAAUGAACAGAGCGUCUCUGACGUGAUUCUCUUUAAUCAGCUAUUGGCUGAAACCAUGAAAGAGGCCGCCACCACGGCUGUCUCCGAUUCUGAGAGAUUUGGCACUCGGGAUGCUAAUUUUUCGCAGUUUCAGAAGUUUUAUUGCCUGGCACAGUGCAGCCCUGAUAUAUCAGGGAGCGACUGUAACAGAUGUCUUAUGGAAACCAUUGCUUUUCUCCCCAGUUGCUGUAGCGGAAAGCAAGGUGGAAGGGUUCUUAGUCCGUGCUGUAACAUCAGGUUUGAGAUGUUCCCUUUCUAUCGAGUCACAGAAUCAGUUCCUUCACCUCAUCUUUUUGUUUCUGGGCCGCCGACGAGCAACAGAACUACCUCUCCUGCUCCUGAGAAACAAGGAAGCUCGUCUAGCAAAUUUGUUGUGAUUGUGGUGCCAAUUGCUGCUGCAGGAGUAAUUAUUUUCUGCAUUCUCUGUUUUCUAAUCCAGAAGAAAAAGAAGGGCCUGUCAAAGGACAAUGACGAAAUCAAAAUUAGAAGUGUAGCGUCACUGCAAUUUGAGUUCAGUACGGUCCUUGCAGCCACAAAGAACUUUGCAGAGGUCAAUAAAAUUGGUGAAGGAGGGUUUGGUUCCGUAUACAAGGGUAAACUUCCCAAAGGACAAGAAAUCACUGUCAAGAGGCUCUCAAAACACUCAGAGCAAGGUGCAGAAGAAUUCAAGAAUGAGGUUAUGUUAGUUUCUAAGAUUCAACACCAAAAUCUUGUUAGUCUAUUGGGAUUUUGCUUGGAGGGAGAAGAAAAGAUCCUAAUCUAUGAGUUUGUACCCAACAAAAGCCUCAAUUACUUCCUAUUUGAUCCUGAGAAAUGCAAGCAGUUAGAUUGGGAAAGACGUUUCAACAUUGUAGGAGGGAUUGCUCGAGGGCUUCUUUAUCUUCAUAAAGAUUCCCACCUUCGUAUUAUUCAUAGGGAUCUUAAAGCCAGCAAUAUCUUGUUAGAUGAAGAAAUGAAUGCCAAGAUCUCAGACUUUGGGAUGGCAAGAAUAUUUGGCAUGGACCAAACUCAGGCCAAUACAAACAGAAUAGUUGGGACUUAUGGUUACAUGGCUCCGGAGUAUGUAAUGUAUGGGAAGUUCUCAGUCAAAUCAGACGUAUUCAGCUUUGGUGUAUUAGUUUUGGAGAUUGUAAGUGGAAAGAAGAACAGUAGUUUCCAUCCAACAGAUCUUGAUGAGGACCUUAUAAACCAUGUAAGUCUUUUUCCUUAAUUACUGUAUGUUGCUCAUAUCAUUGCUAGGUCCUUCAAUUUACCUUAGAGCUUAGGUACCUAAUGACUUGUAUGGUUCAACUGUUGGAGGCAUGGAGACAUUGGAAAGCAGGAACAAUCUCAGACAUAAUUGAUCCAAACCUGAGAGAAAAUUGUUCAGGAACUGAAAUGAUGAGAUGCGUUCAAAUGGGGUUAUUGUGUGUUCAGGAAGAUGUAGCUGACAGACCCACUAUGACGAACAUAGUCCUUAUGUUGAGCAGAUUAAAAGUUAUUCUUCCAUUACCCUCACAACCAGCCUUUUUUUUGCGUAGUAAAAUGGUAUCCGAAUCAGAACAAUCUAAAAGCAGGUCGACAGCAAUAUCCUUCAAUGAAAUGUCAGUCAGUGAGUUAGAACCCAGAUAAUGUGAGUGGAUGAAGGGUAAUGGACAAUAAGGGUAUGAUGUGGUUGGGUUUGUGCAACAUUUUAUUAUGCCUUGAAUGAAAAUAAUCCAUUCAUUGAAGGAAGUGAAUAGAAUUCAUAUAUUCAUCAAAGCAAGAAACAUAGUAGUGUUGGUGACAAGCAAAGAAAUGGUUGAUAAUCUGCAGGACUAAUCAGACCGAAGGCCUGGAUAACC